UUUGAAGUGGAGUUGAGAUUGUAGGGCGGCAGCGGCGUUGGUUCAACAGCAUGUCGGUGACCGGUGGCCGCCCCCCCGAAGACGUCAACACGUUGGUCAGCCUCAAGGUGGACAACCUCGACGACCGUGUAGAGCCCGACUCCCUCAGGGAUGUCUUCAAAAAGUCAGCAACCGACACCACACCACACCACACCACACAGUCCCACGGAGUAAAGUGGGAGGGAGGGAGGAGGUUUCGUGCAUCCAUCCUUCAAUGGCAUGCGCCUUGGCUGCCGUGUGCCGUCUGCCGGUGUGGUGUGCGUGCCUCUGUCUGUCUGAGCAGGUUUGGUGAGGUGGCUGACGUGUACAUCCCGAUUCACCCGCGCAACAACCGGCCGCGGGGCUAUGGGUUCGUGAGGUUCCGUGACAAGAAGGCCGCUGACGAGGCCAUAGCCGGCACCGACGGCAUGGAGCUCGAAGGUGCGCACGCACAUGUGGCUGGCUGAGUGGCUGAGUGGGUCUAUGUCGCCCGCUGCUGUGCUGUGCUGUGCUGUGGUGUGUGCAGGUCGGAAGAUCACUGUGGGUGAGGCCAAGUAUGGGCGAGACGAGGGACGCAAGUAGGCACGACAUACGAUACCACACCCCUCCACACACACUUACGUGUGCACUCAACACCGGGGCGUACGUAGGCGUCUUGCGCACGACAGGCUUUGCCGGCUCGACGCAGACACACGCAGACACCCAGACAAGCAGAGAGGCAGACAAGCAGCACAGUGACUGACUGACUGGCAGAUCGGAUCGGCAGACUGGCAGAGUGGCCGGGUGGCAGAGUGCAGAGCAGUGCAGCGCAGCGCAGACAGGCAGUGGCCGGCUGGCUGGCUGAUAAGGAGGACGCAGUGCAGUGCAGUCGGGCUGGCAGCCGGCAGAGAGACGUCCUCCACCUCCAUCUGCCCACCCAUAGCCAUGCAGCCAUCCGUCCACACACGCAGCAGAGACGAGCAGAGCAAUCCAUGUGUGUGCGUGUGAGUGCCUCUGUGCACACUUGACUUGAUGUCCGUAAAACACACUCACCUGUGCCUUCCUCCCUCCCUCCCUCCCUGUGUGUGUGUGUGUGUGUGUGGUGUGCAGGCGCAUGCGCGAAGACGAGGAGCGACGCGGCCCCCCGCGCGACCGAGACCGAUACGUAUGAGGCCACCCAAACCCCACCCCCCCACACACAUCUUCUCUCCCUGUCUUCGGUGUGUCGCCUGGUUAUCAAUCAGGAGUACGACCGUCGUGACCCCCGUGACGACCGAUACGACCGCUACGACCGUGGUGGGUAUGAUCGUGGAUACGACCGUGGUGGUGGGGGCUACUACGACCGGGGCGGCGGAUACGACCGCGGGGGAUACGGGAGGGACCGGGACUACCACGAGUGAGCGUGACACGGAGGGGCAAAACCGACAACAGCAUGGGGGGCUCAUAGGUGUGUGUUGUGUUGUGUUGUUGGUGUGUGUGUGUCGGGUGGGGUGGUGCAGUAGGGACAGGGACUACAGGGACAGGGACCGGUACGGCGGGCGUGACGACUACAGGGACUCGAGACGCGACGACCGCAGGGGCGGGGGAGGAGGGGGAGGGGGAGGAGAUGACUCCUACAAGCGACCAAGACACGAUGACAGGGAUGAGGUCAGUCACUCAGUCACACACACACACACAGAGUGCUCAUCGAUGGGAUGGCCUUGAUGCGAUGCAUUGCUUACUGACUGGGUGUUGUGGUCCUUGUGUCGUCUCGUGUGCCUGUUAUAGCGGCCCAGUGAUCGUCGGCCCGGUGAGCAGGAUGAUGAGAAGGAUAAGCACAUCAAUGGCGUGGAUAGAGACGCGGCCAACGCAGGACACGAGAACGGACACCGAGACGACGACAGAGACCGACGCGACUGACCAGACACCAGAGUCACGGAAACACGCGCACCUCUGCACCAGGUGGGCCGGAUGGGGCGGCAGAAAGGGGUGGAGGAGGAUGGAGGAUGGUGUGGCCAGGUGUGCUCUGUCCAGCCUGUCUGUCUGUGAUUGUGAUUCCAUCCACCUUGAAGAGAGCGCUGUUGCGUGGGAUGGCACCGAUGUGAUUUGAUUUGAUGUGCUGUGAUGUGUGCGUGGGUAGGGAGGUAGCUAGCGCCUAGCGGCUGGCGGAGAGAGAGACAGAGAGAGGGAGAAACCAACCAGCGUUGGCAUCACGUGUAUUCGUUUCCAGCCGCUCCCCAUCUCCUCUCCACUGUGUCCAUGUCCACUGUAGAAACCAAGAGAGAAGCCGCCUGACUGCCUGCCUGCCUCUGUGGCUGAUUAUCCACUCUCUCUCUCUCUCUCUGUGCGUGUGUGUGUGGGUCACCAGUUAAUUGUCCAGUUCGUACGUGCGUGCAGAUUCUUGAGUGAGUGCGUGAGUACAGCAGCAUAGCUAGGACGACAGUGAGUACUCCAUGAUACCACUGACGGUGGCGUGUUGGUGUGUGUGGACUGACAGACAGACAGACACACAGACAUGGAUGGAUGGAUGGAUGGUGGAUUCUCGUGUUCGUGUCUGUCUGUCUGCCUUCGUUUUAAUAUCGUGGCGACCGCCAGUCAUUCACGCCGCUCUACUCUAAUCCGCCGCUGGCUGGUUGGCUGGCUGGCUGGC